GGGCAGAUCUUGAGAGGGUCUAAUUUUUAACCCGAAAACAGCCUCACCAAUGACCAAACCCAAGGAUAGAAAGUGUCGAGGGAAAAACUAGUGAGAGUGUUACAAGGAAAACGUAGCCACGCACUAUUCCACACACGGAAAUAUAUGUGUACAUUACAGUCACCUAACCUACAGCACCACUGCUCAAAAUUAAAGCAAAUUCCGUAGGAACCAAAAAAAGGAAAGAAAAUGGCGCUGAAGGAGGUGGAAGGUGAGGGUCCAAAGCCCGCGCUGGAGAUCAAUAACCUCAGAUUUACUUACCCAGGAAUCGACGGCCAUCCUCCCCCUGGCUCCACUCCCCUCAUCCAAGAUUUCUUCCUCUCCCUCUAUCCUGGAGAUCGUUGCCUUCUCGUCGGAUCGAAUGGCGCAGGGAAAACCACUAUUUUGAAGAUAUUGGGAGGGAAGCAUCUGGUGGAGCCUGACAUGGUUAGGGUGCUGGGGAGAUCAGCAUUUCAUGACACUGCUUUGACUGUUUCUGGAGACCUCUGUUAUCUUGGUGGAGAGUGGAGAAGAGACGUUGCAUUUGCUGGAUUUGAGGUUUCCAUUCAAAUGGAUGUCUCUGCUGAAAAGAUGAUAUUUGGUGUAGCAGGUGUCAAUCCCCAAAGACGAGAGGAGCUGAUAAAGGUCUUGGGUGUUGAUCUGUCAUGGCGAAUGCACAAGGUAUCUGACGGCCAGAGAAGAAGAGUACAGAUUUGUAUGGGUCUACUUAAGCCAUUUAAGGUUCUUCUUCUAGAUGAGAUCACAGUUGACUUAGAUGUUCUUGCAAGGGCUGAUCUUAUGAGAUUUUUGAAGAAGGAAUGCCAAGAGCGUGGUGCUACAAUAAUCUAUGCUACACAUAUUUUUGACGGCCUUGAGGAUUGGCCAUCUUACAUGGUGUAUGUGGCCCAUGGCAAGUUGCAAUUGGCCAUGCCAAUGGAUAAGGUUAGAGAGAUAAGCAACCUGUCUCUAAUGAGAACAGUGGAGAGUUGGCUAAGAAAAGAAAGAGAUGAAGACAGGAGAAGAAGGAAGGAAAGGAAGGCAAAAGGUCUCCCAGAAUUUGAAAAUCAAGUCGAUGGCACUCGUGUGACGGGGGAUCCAGCCCGUGUGGCUUCGCGCGCUUUGAAUAAUGGAUGGGCUGGUGGGAGAAUGCAUUCCACCCUUGCUGGUGAAGAGAAUUUUUUCUUGAGCUCAAACAGGGUCCUAAGAUAAAAGAUUGUGCCUGUGACGAAAUUGCGAUUACAAUUGAUAGAUGGUUCCACAUAUGGUUUUGGUAUCUGUGUGUAACAUAGCCAUUAGGGAAAUCUAUUUCUUUAUUCUUCUUGUAGUAGUACUUUUUUCUGGGGAAAAUGUAGCUAUAGAACCGUAUAAUUUGUUUCACAAAUGUGGGAAAUAUUUAUACGUCGUUACAGCAAAAGAUGGGCUUUGGAUACCAGUAGUCUCUUCACUGUUGGGGCAGUAUUUA